AUGGAGGCCUUUCGACUUCAAAAGAAAUACCCAGAAGUUUCCAAAGAUGAAAUGUUCGAUCUCGUAAAUCGCUUCAAUGCGAUUAGUACCAACACGCCAGGUCGUAUAGACAAGAGCGCUGUUCUUCAAGCACUUCAGAAUACCGGAGAAUCGUAUGACAAGGCUCGAGAGACGCUUAAACAUGUCUCUGUUGAUGCCAGUGGUAAAGUCGAGCUCGAGGACUGGGUGGAGCUCAAUGUCAAGCUGCGCACACAAACCAAGGCUUCGGUCCUUCCAACACGAGCAGGAAAGGUUACCGUCCAAGGCUCAAACGCUAAUGUCAGUCAUACGAUCAAUGAAGAUGAGCGGACGGAAUUCACAAAUCACAUCAACACAGUGAUCGAGAACGACCCCGACAUUGGAAACCUUUUCCCAAUCCCUACCUCAACCAUGCAGCUCUUCGACGAAUGCAAAGAUGGCCUCAUCCUCUGUAAACUAAUCAAUGAUUCCGUCCCCGACACCAUCGAUACGCGUGUGCUAAACAAGCCAACCCCCCGGAAGCCGUUAAAUGCUUUCCAGAUGACAGAGAACAACAACAUCGUGAUCGCGUCUGCGAAGGGUAUCGGAUGCUCCGUCGUCAAUAUUGGCUCUUCUGAUAUCGCAGAGGGGAGAGAGCAUUUGAUCCUUGGGCUUAUCUGGCAAAUCAUCCGACGUGGUCUGCUUGCACAGGUCGAUAUCAAGAUUCACCCUGAAUUGUAUCGGCUUUGCGAGGAUGGCGAAACUAUUGACGAUCUUCUACGGUUGACGCCAGAUCAAAUUCUACUCCGCUGGUUCAACUACCACUUGAAAGCUGCAGGGUGGAAACGGAGAGUAAACAACUUCAGCCGCGACGUCUCAGACGGCGAAAACUACACCGUCCUCUUAAACCAGCUCAAACCAGACCAAUGUUCCCUGGCACCUCUUCAAACUAAAGACGUGAGACAACGCGCAGAACAAGUCCUUCAAAACGCUGAAGUCAUCGGCUGUCGCAAGUACCUAACACCUUCAUCCCUCGUCUCUGGUAACCCCCGUCUCAACCUUGCCUUCGUCGCAAACCUCUUUAAUACCUGGCCUGGUCUCGAACCCCUCGAUGAACAAGAAGCCAAGGAUUACGGCGCUGUCGAGGACUUUGACGCAGAGGGUGAACGUGAAGCACGCGCGUUCACGCUAUGGCUCAACUCGCUCGGCGUCGAGCCAGCAGUGUUCAACUUAUUUGAGAACUUGCGCGAUGGACUUAUCAUCCUCCAAGCAUUCGACAAAAUGUCGCCCGGCUCUGUAGUAUGGCGCCGUGUUUCGAAGCCCAAAGGUGGUGUACAAGCUGCACCUCCAACGAUGCUCGAUGAGGAAGAGCAGGAAGAUAUUGGCGUCACUCCCAACCAAAGCACACUCUCCCGUUUUAAGCAAGUGGAGAACACAAACUACGCAGUGGAGCUUGGGAAGCAGAAUGGGAUGCACCUCGUUGGUAUCCAGGGGGCUGAUAUAGUCGAUGGUUCAAAGACGCUCGUUCUUGGUCUUGUCUGGCAGUUAAUGAGGUUAAACAUCACAAAGACCCUGAUGGCGCUCUCCAAGACCGGCAGACCCAUCAGCGACACAGACAUGCUCAAAUGGGCAAACGCAACUGCACAAAAAGGCAAAACCGGCGUUCGACCCAUCCGGUCAUUCAAAGAUCCAGCCAUCACCACUGGGCUAUUCUUCCUCGAUCUUCUGGAUGCGAUGAGACCAGGGAUCGUGGAUCCAGCUCUCGUGAUUAAUGUCAGCGAGAGUGGAGCUUAUGAAGAUCGGCGGCAGAAUUCGAAAUUGGCUAUUUCUAUUGCGAGAAAGAUGAACGCGCUGAUUUUCUUGGUGCCUGAGGACAUAGUGGACGUUCGUCCACGGCUUAUUUUGACGUUUGUUGCAAGUUUGAUGAGCAUAUCGCAGUGA